AUGACGACCACCGAUCGAAGUUUAGUCAAUCAAAGUGAUGCAAUCAUCUUCCACCCAUUCGACGUCAAUGUCAAAGAUUUGCCGAUGCACAGAACGGCUCACCAGCGCUACAUUCUAUUCUUUUACGAAGCCUACGUCAGCCACAGAAAUUUCCCCGUCUUUAAAAACCCUGCCACAAAUUUUGAAUUUUUUAAUUGGACGAUGACGUACCGUCGGGAUUCGGAUAUUUACGGUUCUAGUUACGGCAGUAUCACGCGGCGGAAUCAAUCGGCGCAGUUGAAUACAUUGCCUCCACUAUUGUCGCCGGAAGAAUCUCCGCCGGAUCCUUUUACCUUUUGGCAAUUCAGCGGACUCAAUCAAUCGCGACAGCAUCCGGCAGUUGCCAACCGGACGAAAUCGGUGGCCUGGUUCGUCACCAACUGCAACACUCCAAGUAAACGUGAAAUCUUCUUCCGCCAAGUGGCCAAGUACAUCCCGAUCGACAUUUUCGGCGGAUGCGGACCUCUGAAAUGCCUCCGCGGGGGCAGCGAGAAUUGCGACCAAUUAUUAGAUGAUUACAAGUUUUAUGUUUCGGCGGAGAAUUCCAUCUGCCCCGAUUACAUCACCGAGAAAUUCUACCGGGCCCUCGAGAUGGGCGUCGUUCCCGUCGUUUACGGAGGUGCUGAUUACUCGGCCUACGCCCCGCCCCAUUCCUACAUCAACGCGGCGGAUUUUGAGUCUCCCCAAGCGCUGGCCGAUUACCUCCUCCUGAUCGAGCGCAAUCCUCGUCUCUACUCGGAAUACCUGGACUGGAACAAGGACUGGGAAAUAAACAAACAGAAACAAUCGGAGGGUUGGUGUCGCCUUUGCGAGAAACUCAAUGCAGCAAAAUCAAAAGAGCAGCAGCCAAAUAAUAAUACAACAUCAAAAGUGUACCGAGACAUGGCCAAAUGGUAUUACGAAACCGUUUCCUGUAUACCAGGAUCAACUAUCCUAAAUAAAUACGGCAUAUCUUAA